GAAGUCAAAGAAUAAUUUUUGCUCUUAUUAAAAUCUUUCUUCUUCUUCUUCCAUAUUUCAAUCUUAAUUCAGUAUCUUCUUCACAUUGAAAAACAAUUGUUAUCUGCGUCAAAACAACACCAUUAACCUCACAUAUCAUUUCAUCCCCUUUACGGGGUUGAUCUGAUAUCUGAUUAAACACAUUUUCUCUACCAAUUCUAGAGAUCUCUCGAGAAGUAAAACGUGACAAGAUGUUCAAACAAGGUGGUGCGGACAUUGAGUCCGGUAACAAAGGUGGCGUUAAUGGCGGUCAAAUAUAUCCAGGGCAGAUGGAUGAUCCUCAGAUGAGAUGGGCAUUUAUAAGAAAAGUUUACUCUAUAGUUUGCACACAACUUCUUUUCACCGCCAUCAUCGCCACCGCCAUGUUCUUCACUCCGGCCGUAAAACAUUACAUGAGAACCAUUUUGGGAAAAGUCACCGUAAUCGUUCUUGUUAUCAUCGCUUUUAUACUUAUCUUCUUGAUGGGUCGAUAUGGGAAAAAACAUCCAUGGAACUAUCUUCUUAUGGGAAUUUUCACCUUGUGUUUGGCAUGUGUUGUUGGAGCAGCCUGCGCUUUAAGAGCCGGGGAAACUAUCUUGAUUGCUGCUGGGCUAACAGUUCUUAUAACUGUUAGCCUUACCUUAUACACAUUUUGGGCUGCAAGUAGAGGCAAAGACUUCACUUUUUUAGGCCCAUUCUUAUUUUGUGCCUCAAUAGUCUUAUUUAUGUUUAUUCUAUUGCAGUUUCUUCUCGAUCUAGGACAUGAAGCACGAGUGGUAUAUAGUUGUCUCGCAGCAUUACUAUUCUCAGCAUAUCUGGUAUACGAUACGAAUAACUUAAUCAGGAACUUCACGUACGAUGAAUAUGUCAUUGCAGCAAUUUGCCUUUUCGGAGACAUCGUUAAUCUCUUCUUAGCUCUUCUUGGAAUCUCUGGUGAAUAAAAAAAAUAAUACUCCAAUUUACUUGGAAAUAUAUGUUUUUGAGAGAAUGUUUAUAAAUUUUCUUGUGUAUAGAGUUUUAUGGUUUUUUCUAAUUAGCAAACUGGGAGAUAUCCUAUAGUGUAAGAUUUAUCCUAAACAUAUGUGGCUCUUUUUUUCUUUUUUUUUCCAAUUGGUAACAUAAUUGCACUUUUUUUUUUUAAUUUAAUAAUUUAAAUGUUGAAGUAGAAUCAAAAAGAGAAAAGGCAUAUAUGAAUGUCAUUUGGCCUUAUUUAGCAUUUA